UUUCUUCUCUCUCAUCUUCUUCUCUGUUACGCCUCCCCAUUUCCACACUCUCUAUUUCAUUUUCUCUCUCUACCCGCAAACCCCCCCUUCCUUACUCUGCUCUUAGAUUCAGACGACUCAGAAACUUGCUUGCUGGAGAAUCAAUACUACUCAAAAGCAAAACCCUUGCCGCUUUUAUUUCUCUUUAUUAUAUUCUCGAGACGACCUGCAUUUUUCAAUCCCGUUUUCUCUACAUGUGAUGUGAUGGGAGUUCAUCACCCUUCUCUUACUGGAUCUUCUCUUCCAGUUCUUCUCAGCUGAAGCUUAAGUUUCGUCUUGGUUCUUCUGCAUUUUACAAGACCUAGUUUUGUUGAUUUCAGAGACUUUUGGCUGAUCCACCGGUAUAUGUGUUUCAGCCAUGAACACUGGUGGUCGACUCAUCGCUGGUUCUCACAACAGGAAUGAGUUUGUGCUGAUUAAUGCUGAUGAGAAUUCGAGAAUAAAAUCAGUGCAAGAAUUGAGUGGGCAAACAUGUCAGAUUUGUGGGGAUGAGAUAGAGAUUACAGUCGAUGGGGAGCCAUUUGUUGCCUGCAAUGAAUGUGCAUUCCCUGUGUGUAGGCCUUGCUAUGAGUAUGAGAGGAGGGAGGGAAAUCAGGCUUGCCCACAGUGCAAAACAAGAUACAAGCGCAUCAAAGGUAGUCCAAGGGUUGAAGGUGACGAGGAAGAAGAUGACAUAGAUGAUUUGGAUAAUGAGUUUGACUAUGGGAAUGCUGAUGCAUUGGGUCCUCAACAGGCUGCGGAGGCAAUGGUCUCUUCACGUCUUAAUACUGGUCGGAGUUCUCACUCUAAUGUUUCUGGGAUGCCCACGCAAUCAGAAGUUGAUUCCUCUCCCCUUGGCUCCCAGAUACCUCUCCUGACUUAUGGUGAAGAGGAUGCUGAUAUAUCUUCUGACCGACAUGCUCUUAUUGUUCCCCCAUUUAUGGGGCAUGGGAGUAGGGUUCACCCAGUGCCUUUUACUGAGCCAUCUAUACCUUCACAACCUAGACCUAUGGUUCCAAAGAAAGAUAUAGCAGUAUAUGGGUAUGGGAGUGUUGCAUGGAAGGAUCGAAUGGAAGAUUGGAAGAAAAGACAGAAUGAAAAACUUCAAGUAGUUAAGCAUGAAGGAGGCAAUGACGGUGGAAACUUUGAUGGCGAUGAAAUGGAUGAUCCUGAUUUGCCAAUGAUGGAUGAAGGCAGGCAGCCACUCUCAAGGAAGUUACCCAUUCCAUCAAGCAAAAUUAGCCCAUAUAGACUUAUAAUACUGCUCCGCCUUGUAAUUCUUUCCUUCUUUUUCCAUUAUCGACUUCUCCAUCCAGUCGAGGAUGCAUAUGGCUUGUGGUUGACAUCGGUGAUAUGUGAAAUAUGGUUUGCUGCAUCAUGGAUUCUGGAUCAGUUCCCAAAAUGGUAUCCUAUAGAACGAGAAACAUACCUUGAUCGGCUAUCACUGAGGUAUGAGAAAGAAGGGAAGCCAUCAGAGUUAGCUCCUGUAGACAUUUUCGUUAGUACAGUUGAUCCAAUGAAAGAACCGCCGUUAAUCACAGCAAACACAGUUCUGUCCAUUCUUGCAGUUGAUUAUCCAGUCGAUAAGGUUGCAUGUUAUGUUUCAGACGACGGUGCUGCCAUGCUUACAUUUGAAGCUCUUUCUGAGACAUCUGAAUUUGCAAGGAAAUGGGUACCUUUCUGUAAAAAAUUUAACAUUGAGCCCCGUGCUCCAGAGUGGUACUUUUCACAGAAGAUGGACUAUUUGAAGAAUAAGGUACAUCCAGCUUUUGUCAGGGAGAGGCGUGAAAUUAAGAGAGAAUAUGAAGAAUUCAAAGUGAGGAUAAAUGGGUUGGUUGCCACAGCACAAAAGGUUCCUGAGGAAGGUUGGACAAUGCAGGAUGGUACUCCUUGGCCUGGAAAUAAUGUUCGAGAUCAUCCGGGAAUGAUUCAGGUCUUCCUUGGUAAUAGUGGUGUUCGAGAUAUAGAGGGAAAUGAGUUACCUCGUCUAGUUUAUGUUUCUCGUGAAAAGAGACCAGGUUUUGAGCACCAUAAAAAGGCUGGAGCUAUGAAUUCUCUGAUACGGGUCUCGGCGGUUCUCUCAAAUGCUCCUUAUCUUCUGAACGUUGACUGUGAUCACUAUAUUAACAAUAGCAAAGCACUUAGAGAAGCCAUGUGUUUCAUGAUGGACCCUACGUCUGGAAAAAAAGUUUGUUAUGUUCAGUUUCCUCAAAGAUUUGAUGGGAUUGAUCGACACGAUAGAUAUUCAAAUCGGAAUGUUGUGUUCUUUGAUAUAAACAUGAAAGGUUUGGAUGGUAUACAAGGACCAAUAUAUGUUGGAACUGGGUGUGUCUUCAGAAGGCAGGCUCUCUACGGUUAUGAUGCACCUGUCAAGAAAAAGCCCCCACGCAAAACAUGCAAUUGUUGGCCAAAAUGGUGUUGUCUGUGUUGUGGGUCAAGAAAGAACAAGAAAACGAAACCUAGGGCAGAGAAGAAAAAGAAGCACAGGGAAGCAUCAAAGCAGAUACAUGCUCUUGAGAAUAUUGAAGAGGGCAUUGAAGGGUCAAGCACAGGGAAAUCAUCUGAGACAUCUCAAAUGAAACUGGAGAAGAAGUUUGGCCAAUCCCCAGUUUUUGUAGCCUCCACCCUUCUUGAGAAUGGUGGAGUUCCUCAUAAUGCAAGUCCAGCAUCUCUACUGAGAGAAGCAAUUCAAGUCAUUAGCUGUGGGUAUGAAGACAAAACUGAAUGGGGAAAGGAAGUUGGCUGGAUAUAUGGUUCAGUGACUGAGGAUAUUCUGACAGGCUUCAAGAUGCACUGCCAUGGCUGGAGGUCUGUUUACUGCAUACCUAAGCGACCUGCUUUUAAGGGAUCAGCGCCAAUCAACCUAUCAGAUCGUCUGCACCAGGUUCUUCGAUGGGCCCUCGGGUCUGUUGAAAUUUUCUUGAGCAGACAUUGUCCAAUUUGGUACGGCUACGGGGGCGGAUUAAAAUGGUUGGAGAGAUUUUCUUAUAUAAACUCAGUUGUUUAUCCAUGGACCUCAAUUCCCUUGAUAGUCUACUGUGCCCUUCCAGCAAUCUGUCUUCUUACUGGGAAAUUCAUUGUUCCUGAGAUCAGCAAUUAUGCUAGUAUUAUUUUCAUGGCUCUCUUCAUAUCCAUUGCUGCAACUGGCGUACUAGAGAUGCAGUGGGGUGGUGUUGGAAUAGAUGAUUGGUGGAGAAAUGAGCAAUUUUGGGUUAUUGGAGGUGUUUCAUCGCAUCUUUUUGCCCUUGUCCAGGGUCUACUUAAGGUUUUAGCUGGUGUGAGCACAAACUUCACAGUCACCUCCAAAGCAGCCGAUGAUGGGGAUUUUUCUGAGCUUUACCUCUUCAAGUGGACAUCAUUGCUGAUACCUCCAAUGACUUUGCUGAUCAUAAAUGUGAUAGGUGUUGUGGUUGGGAUCUCCGAUGCGAUUAAUAAUGGGUACGAUUCAUGGGGUCCCCUGUUUGGUAGGCUAUUUUUUGCCUUCUGGGUCAUCAUCCAUCUCUAUCCCUUCCUCAAGGGGUUGCUUGGGAAACAGGAUCGCAUGCCUACAAUCAUUGUGGUAUGGUCCAUUUUAUUGGCCUCAAUCCUGACCCUUUUGUGGGUUCGAGUAAAUCCAUUCGUGUCAAGAGAUGGCCCAGUGUUAGAAGUUUGUGGUUUGAAUUGUGAUUAGGACACCGAGAAUAAAAGAAGCUUCAGAUGGGUCUGAGGUGCAAAGGUCUGCUGUGGAGUUGGAAUGGAUUGAUUCUUGAAACUGAGCACAGCAGAUGCACAUGAGACAGGAAAAGAAGAAAUUUUGUGGGAAGGAAGCUUUAUAUAGUUUGGGGGGUGUUUGUAGAUAUAGAGCAGGGGUUGGGUUGGGGGGUUGAAAACAUUGUUAUUUGUCUUACAAGAUUUUCAUUAAUUCUUUUAUUAUAUUGCCAUGGGUUUUUGCUUCUGUAAUUUUCUGGGUUCUGUACUCCUAAGAGAGAGAGCCAUUGAGUUAUAUUUAUUCCCUUUGUCAAAUAUGGGGAGGGCUCCGUAUAGAUGUCUGAAAACCACUUCUCAGUCUCAUUUCUAUUGUUUUUUUUUAGUGUUAUUUCUCUGGACCAGAACGUGUACCAUGCCUAUUUGAAGUCACCAUUAUUAUGGAAUUGUAUGUUCUUCUUCUCCCAUUUUGACGCA